AAUGAUCAUUCAGAAAUGGCCACUCAAAAUAAGCAGCCAGAUGUCUUUCGUCCAUUGGCAGACUUCCCCCCUACAGUUUGGGGUGACAGUUUUGCUGCGUUAUCCUCUACAGUAGAUUCAGAUUUUGAAUCAUACACUGAAGAGGUGGAAACUCUCAAAAAGGUAGUGAAGGAAAUGUUAAGAGCAUCUAGAAGGGAGUUAAUGGAGAAUAUUGAGUUCAUCAAUUUGUUAUGCCGUCUCGGUGUUUCGUAUCAAUUUGAAAAUGAAAUAGAUGAACAAUUAAAUCAUACUUUCAUCGCUCUUCCUGAUCUUCUUGAUCAGAAAGAUUACGACCUCUACGAACUCGCAAUUUUGUUCCGAGUUUUGAGACAACAUGGAUAUAAAAUGUCUUGUGAUGUGUUUAACAAAUUCAAGAACAUCCAUGGUGAGUUCAAGGAAAGCAUGACCAAUGAUGUGAGAGGGCUGCUGAGCUUGUACGAAGCUACGUUUCUGAGUGUGCAUGAAGAAGAUAUUCUUGAUGAAGCCCUUGUUUUUACAAGGCAUCACUUGGAGAUUUUGGCUGAAAAUUGUAGCCCUAAUCUUGCAAAACAUAUAAAAAAUGCUCUUUAUCGGCCAUUCCACCAAGGAAUUGAAAGAAUAGAACACAGGCUUUUUAUUUCCUUUUACCAAGGAGAAGAGUCUAGAAACCAAACUCUCCUCAAGUUUGCCAAGCUUGAUUUUAAUCGAUUGCAAAUACUCUACAAGAAGGAGCUUGCUAUGGUCACAGGAUGGUGGGAAGGCAUAAAUCUUCCUGAAAAGCUUCCUUAUGCUAGAGAUAGACUUGUGGAGAAUUAUAUUUGGGCAAUUUCAGCUCAUUACGAGCCUCAAUUUUCGUCUUCUCGCUUGAUGGUAACGAUGUAUGCCAAUCUAAUCACCGUGUUGGACGAUACAUAUGAUGCAUACGGUACCCUCGACGAACUCGAGCGUUUUACAACUGCAUUUCAGAGGGUAGACAUGAGUGCUGCGCAUGAGCUACCAGAGUACCUGCAAGUUCUUUACAAGUCACUGUUGGAUCUUUUUGAUGAAACAGAAAACAAUACCAAGGAAGGAAUGUCUUACAAACUUACUUUUCUAAAAGAGGCAUUCAAAGAACUCGCCAGAGCCUACUUGGUAGAGGCAAAAUGGUUUUAUGGCGGUGAUGUGCCGACGCUGAAGGAGUACGUGAGCAAUGGAAUAAUCACUAGUUGUUACAAUCCCAUAACAGCAGCAUCUUUGUUUGGAAUGGGGGAUUUAGUGGGAUUAAGAGAAUAUGAAUGGGUUCAGAAACGCCCAAAAAUUCUUGAAGCCGCCAUGUUAAUCUGUCGUCUAAUGGAUGACAUACAAUCACAUGAGUUUGAGCAAAGAAGGGGGGACUGUCCUUCAAGCGUGGAGUGUUACAUGAAUGAAAAGAAUGCAUCAGAAGCAGAAGCUGUUGAAGUGAUCCAGCAAAUGGUGGUCGAUGCAUGGAAAGACAUCAACCAGCAACGUAUGAAACCGAACGUUGUCUCGCCCAUAAUUCUCAAAUUUUAUCUCAACCUUUCACGGGUGAUGGAUUUUCUUUAUAAGUAUCAUGACGGAUUCACAUUCCCAGCAUAUGUUAAAGAUGAUGUCAAGUCACUGUUUCUCCAAGAAUUUCCUAUGUGAGGAUCACAUGUCUGCUGCUUUAUUUUGUGUUUCUUUAGUGUGUUAAGCUUUGGAACUCACUCUCUAUACAAUGUCAGAGUUUAAUAAGUUGUUUGUUUCCUUAUGUUUGUUGAGAAUAAAGAUUUAAAUCAGCUUGAUUUUAUAUCA